UCGCAGAGAGUUGUUUAGGUCAAUAUCAACAACAUUGUGCGCGUAAACUAUAUCAUUUCGCUUAGUGCUGUUAAGUUUUAUCUGCUCCAAUACGGGCCAUCUGCUUUAAAACUUCAAACAGGCUUGGAAAUUGCUUUUAACGUGCGCUUAAAUGGAGAGGACACUUCUUAUGUUUUUAGUAGGUAAGUUCGUAAUUACAUAACAUCAAAAAUACUGGUGAGUCGGUUUCUUUUUUAAGCAAGUUGGAUAACUACUUUAACUUAUUUUAGCUAAAAAGGUUUUACAUUUAAUUACACAAAGCGAAGAACCGCGUAGAAAAGCGGCGAUAAUUCGUCUUUAGCUGACGAAACUAUUUGCAAAGCUGAACACAUCUACAUAAAUCACAAAGAUCUAACGCGAUUAGGUAAUUUUUGUGCUCCGAAGUGGGCGAUUUUAAGUGAAAGGUUUGAGGUAAAUGUGAUCAAUUCCCUCGAUUGCAAGCGAACAGCCGAAAACUUGGAUAGCUAAAUUUCUCUUAAACUACGUACUGGGCAAACAAAAUCCAAUAGACGUGCCACCACUACCACAAGCAGACCAUUCAUUUGCGAAACUCUCUUGAAACUGUGUUCGUCACAAAUGACCGCACCCGCAAGAUUACGGACCUUAAGAUACUCUGGACGCGGCCGAGGAGGACGUCAACCGGAAGUGAAAUGUUCAAUUCUUGGAACUAAUUAGCAUAAUGCCACAGCGUCGACCUGGAGUCGCGACGGUGAAAACUAGAAGUUGGACCGCCUCGUAAAACGGUGAGUUGGUUUUCUUGUUUUCAGUGCAGAAAUUGCUUUUCGUACAGGAUUUUCGAUUCAUUUUACUUCAAGAGACACAUUUAAGUGUUUUAGUGUGGUGCUCUCCCAAGAUUGACUCUUAUUUUUUUGCUAUCAAGCCUUUUGGGUUCAGUGUUUUGGCGGCAACUGAGAAUGAAAGCGCUGAGUCUUUCGACACAAAUGUAACACUAUAGCUGCUUGUUUUUAAGGAGACGACGUUCUCGGUUUAGGAUAGUAUUUGAAAAAUUUAAGAGACGAGAAGUCGAAUAAAAAUUGUUGGAAAACAAAAAUCUAGGCUUGUAAUAAACUUAAACAUGUCAGAGAAAAUUGAGAUCUUGAACAAGACGCCAUGGUUCAUUUAUUAACUUUUAUAAUUUUAUUUUGUUCACUUUCAGUUCAGCGAUGGAGCGGUCUGAAGAUCAAAAUCUCGCCUUAGUACGGGAAGUUCUCAUAACAGAACCAUAUCGUUUUAAGGCAAGAUCUAGAACAACGGAAAGCGAAAAAGUCCGGCAACAAAUAGCUGAAAACCUGAACUCCGACAAUCGGCUCCUGACUCCGAUCAUACCCUUAAGUUUCCCUCGAAGAAAUUUUUUUUUUUUUUUUUAGAGAAACUGGAGUCAUAGCCGGCAGCACAAAUUUUUCUUCCAAUAAAAGAUCGUUAAGGUAUCAAUCAAGCAAGACUUCACGAGUUUUUCUAAAAGACGUCAUGGAAUUAAAACACGAACGCAUUACUCUAUCCUCUCCCGUCAGGCGAGCACUCCACUCAACCUGCUGAAUCUUAAUUUGUUUUUCCCGCGAAGGUGGCGGCGUCCUCGCUCCAGGCUUUCUCCGUUCUCUUUACCGCCGCGUCCAGGGUAUCUUAAGGUCCCUAUUAAGAGACUCGACAGUUUCUUUUGUGAUCCACCGGUAUCAACCUACCAGUCAGUCAACAUUUGAAAGUAUAACUGACAUUUUUUUUUAAACUUAAUAUAGUAAAAAUCACGGAUAAAAAACGACUUUUCGACCGAUCUUCGGUCAUUUUCAAGUGCGAAAAAAAUUAAAAGAAUAUCUUUGUAAAAUGUAAAAAAAUGUUAAGAACUAUAAAAAAAUUUUGUUAUCGAAUUUAAUGUCACUCUACAUAACGUGGAAUUAGUGGCUCGUUAACUUUAAUGAGAUGAGCCUCAAAAAAAGAAAUUAUCUAAGAAUAUUUUAUCGGAGUUUUUUGCUAAUUAACAACAUAUACAAAGUUUUCCGCUAAAAGUGCUCGUAAGCGAAUGCCCUUGAUAAGUUCUCUACGUGGUCACUUACGAAGGCCCAUUGUCGUUAACGACCAGCUAGAUCUGGUUGCGACUCUUGGGUGCGACAACUUUUAUGGAUUCCCCAGGUGGAGAGCUUUGACUGUAAUUUGUGACAAACCAAUUUUCGCUUAAGGUGUGUUCAGUUUGAAAUGCUCAGUUUGAAUCGAAGUGUUUAGAUUUCGACAUUUCGUGAUGUGAGUGAUAAAAAGGCGUGAAGAAUUAAAUCUUCUCUCUGGGAGCUGUUAAGCCUAAUAGUGUAAGAAAUGUAUUACGUCACGGUUAGCACGUCGCAUAUUGUCCGCAUCGUGGCGAUCUUAGUAGCAUUAGCCCGUACUCAAUCUUCUUGGUAAUUUUACAAUUCUUUUCGCGCCCAGUCUGGUUCUCACCUUUAUUGCUUCGCCCAUCUCUCAAGGCCGGUUGAUUUUGACUUUGCGUAAAUUUAGUUUCAUUCUUUUCUUCUUUAUUUAUAUCAAGUUUGGUUUUAAUUAGUAUUGUUAGUUUGUUAAAAUAUGCGGAUGUUUCUUGUAAUUUAAUUCUCGGCGUCGCCAUGCGUAAUCGUUACUGUUAAUUUUCGUUAGAUUAAGGCAUAUUGUUGUUAGAUUCUUUAUAUUUCGUCCAUGUAAAACAGUUAUUGCAUCUUUAUCGUACAUGUCAGAUCUCGUAAAUAAUAUAUUCCGUAUACUUUAGCUUGUAUCCUAAUCGACUUACUGUACAUUUAGUUAUCUUUUUGGUAAAGUUUUUCAGUAUUUUUUUUUGUGUUUUUGAAUUAAGAAAAUCCUUGGUAAAAUUGGUUUCUCGUGAUACUGUCAAGGGUUAUAAAGACAAAUUCGAAACUGUACCUGGCGAGUAAUCUACUGUGGUGAUGCUUUCUUUUUUAUUACAAGAGCCCUUUCGCUGCGAAUUACGAUUCAUCUUCAGUGUGAUUCAAUGAUCACUUACUUUUCCGGUCACGUGCACCGUUUUCAAAGUAAUUGGACUCUUGCCUGGACCUUUCACAGGUGCAGGCAUCCCACGUUGGCGAGUGAGAAUCGUUUGGACGGAAACUGAAUUUUAGUCAUCUUCUUUCAGAGGACCGUCAAUCUACGCCUCUCGCUAUUGGCAGGAAAGCCAAUAAUACGGACCGCAGCUCCUAGUAAAUCCUUUGCAAAAAUAAAUAGCAGACGUUUGACUAGAAUCAAACUGUUUCUAUUGCGCUGCUUCUAAACCCUGCCCGCAGGCCAAUUAGCGCUAGCUUGGAGGGUGACCUUACAUCCGAACUCUCAGAGGAGGACUGGUGACGAGACUCAAGGACACUAACUUGAAUUUGAGGGUGUCCGAAAUAACGAAAUUUGACUGCACCUCUAAAAGCCAAUUUUUUUCCCUAGUAUUCACAGUGCUGAUUGUACAGAGCAGAGGUCAAAUUCAGUCUAUUGGAAAAUGCAACCUUACAUUCUUUACGGGUGGAGGACAGAAAUGCCAAAGAGACAUGAUCAUGGAACUGAAAAACAACAACAUGACCAAUUGCAGGUUUGUCUUUAAAUGAACAAAUAAAUAAAUAUUUAAACAAACAAACUAGUGAACCUAAAAGGUAAAAGAGUGCUACCCUAGCGUCAAUUUGCAUCGCCAAAUUAGGUUUUCAUUUUAAUCUCGCGUUCUUCUAGCGCGCGCAAUUAGAAUACUUCAUGCGUAGAGUUUGUGACGCAAAUUGCCAGCCAAGUCGUCAGAAGUUUUACUCCGGUUAAUUGGAACAUUAUCUUCUAAAAUUAUUGUGAAAUGAUAGUUUAACAAAACCACGGGCGUAGAAGAUAAUUAAGAGGACUGAAAAACACGAUGUUAAAAGAAUUUCGAAAAAACACACAUUACAUUCUUCGAGAGUUUUCGAGACUACCAUAGCUUCAGACAAACAUGGGUAAUAACUGGCGGUGUUGAGGAAAUCUUGGCUACCAUCAAGAGCCAUUAUGGCUCUUGCUACUAUAUAUGCCAUGAAAGAGAUAUUCAUCACAAAAGCCGAGGAUUUCAAGUAACCUCAACGACCUUCACGCAACAAAACGCCAGCCUAGGUUGUUGUAAGAAAGCAAUGAGCGAGGAAGGAAUUGUGGUAAAAAUCCGGUGGCAUUGUGGCUAAAAAUCCACAUGCAUCGUGGGUAGAAAUCGAAAACUUUUUUCCCUGUACAGAGUAGGUCUGCUGCCUUGCUCGCUCGCUUCAGACUCGCUUGAGCGGCAGCAAUAAAUAAAGAAAUAAAUAGUUACUUAUUUAUUGACUCCCUUAAUGAGUGAUUUUCAAGAAUCAGCGAAACAAAUAAUUCAAAUGGAACAUAACAACGUUAAGAGCACCAACGCGUAGUAUUAAGGCCGAACCAUGCUUGAUUUGGCUACUUUACAAGCGUGGCCAGGGAUUUGAACUGGGGAAUACCGCAACAAGUCCAGCCGCGGUCAGGGAGGGACUUGAACUCGGGGAGUACGGAUUACAAGUCCACAUCCAGCAGGGUAUGGUUUUUAGGAUUGUGAGUCUUAACAGUUAUACCGUUUCACUAUGUAGCGUGUUGAACAGGGUGUCAUUUUGGACCUUAAACAUUUAAAAGAGUGUGAAGGGUAAAGACGAGCGGUCUAUAUGUGUGCUACCAACAAUUCUUUUACACAAAACAUCUAAUUGGUUUGAUUUUAUCCCAUUCUCUUUUGAUUUUGUAUGCAAAAUAAUGUGAUUCGAUUUGAUAAAAAAGUCUCGUCUGAAAAAGGUUAGCAAAAUUAGCAUUUUUUUUCUCAAAUAGGAUCAGGCUUUGAGGACUUAGCGUCUACCCAAAGUUCCCGUAAGUGCUCCCCCGGGGCCUUAAAUACUGACGCAACAUCCGAUUCAGAUCACCUUUGUUCCAGCGAAUAUGGAAAUGAAAAUACCUGCCUUCAGCAAUCAUGUAAACAUGUGUGUGAAAAACGAGGCGCUUUUGAAAAAGGUCAGGGUUUGAAGGUCUUGGCAGCGCAAUCCUGGCACACCUCUACCCAAACUUCCCUUAAGUGCCUACAGCAAUCAUGUAAACAUGUGUGUGAAAAACGAGGCGCUUUUGAAAAAGGUCAGGGUUUGAAGGUCUUGGCAGCGCAAUCCUGGCACACCUCUACCCAAACUUCCCUUAAGUGCCUACAGCAAUCAUGUAAACAUGUGUGUGAAAAACGAGGCGCUUUUGAAAAAGGUCAGGGUUUGAAGGUCUUGGCAGCGCAAUCCCGGCACACCUCUACCCAAACUUCCUUUAAGUGCCUACAGCAAUCAUGUAAACAUGUGUGUGAAAAACGAGGCGCUUUUGAAAAAGGUCAGGGUUUGAAGGUCUUGGCAGCGCAAUCCUGGCACACCUCUACCCAAACUUCCCUUAAGUGCCUACAGCAAUCAUGUAAACAUGUGUGUGAAAAACGAGGCGCUUUUGAAAAAGGUCAGGGUUUGAAGGUCUUGGCAGCGCAACCCCGGCACACCUCUACCCAAACUUCCCUUAAGUGCCCUCCCGGACCUAAAAUACUGACGCAACAUCUGAUUCACCUUUGUAGCAGCGAAUAUGGAAAUGAAAAUACCUGCCUACAACAAUCAUGUAAACAUGUGUGUGAAAAACGAGGCGCUUUUGAAAAAGGUCAGGGUUUGAAGGUCUUGGAAGCGCAAUCCUGGCACACCUCUACCCAAACUUCCCUUAAGUGCCCCCCCGGACCUAAAAUACUGACGCAACAUCUGAUUCACCUUUGUAGCAGCGAAUAUGGAAAUGAAACUGCCUGCCUGAAUAAUCACGUGAACACUUGUGUGAAAGACGAUCCGAUUUUGAACUCUCUUCGAGGCGAGAUAUCAAAGCUGCUUGUCUUGUUGGUGUACCACUGCGGCAAUGUAAAUUCAAAUAAUGUUCAAGGUAUCAAUCAACUCAUCCUGACCACCGUCCAGUGUAACCGUGGUGCACUGAAUAGCAUUGUUAACUGCUGGGAUGACUUUCGCUCCGCAUUUGAAGCAAACAAGAGUGAUACAUCACUUUGCAGGUAAGGUGACUACCAUUUAACCAUACAUGGAGUAUUUUUUGGUGUUGCCGAAACCAUUGUUGGUUCGCGUGGGCGUUGUGUGCUCUGCAAUGUUCAAUUUCUUUUGAAUCUUUUGGAUUACGUAUUUUGGGGACUGCAUUCCGUCCGCAACCACUGCCCACCUACCCCUCCGCUAAGCCAACAAUAACACUUACGUCUCACUUAGGGCAAAAUGUUGGCUUAGGGGAGGGGUAGGUGGGUAGUUUCCCAGAAACGUAUAAUGAUCCAAAAACUCCCGCUAUAUGCGACCUUUGCACAACGUUUGUGAAUCAGCUUCCUUCUUACAUUAAGCUAUCGACUAAGCUAAGUGACUGUCGUAACAAUUUAAGAUCUUUUAAUUGUAUAAACUUAACUGAGGCCAGUUGUAAACGUAAUUAUGGUAUAUCUUAGGUUUUCUAGCUUAUUUUAUAUUCGUAAUUGUCAUGUUCUACCUGUGACAUUUCUAUGAGCUUUUAAUCAAUUAAGUGGGAUGCAGGAGGGUGCCGCUUUGAGUAUUUCUUACAUAACAUUCUCGAACGAUAUUGAUUUUUAUUGAUUUUUAAUCUUUUAAAUUAUUUUUAUUGUCAUGCGUCCGGCUCGGGUACUAGGGGCAACCCUCAGCCCACGUUAUGACACAAAUAAAUUCAUUGAUUGAUUGAAGGUUUGUGAACCCAAAAUCCAGCAGGUUGGACACGUCAAGGAUUGUUGCACAAUGCAAUACUCCUUGUAGAGGACCAUUUGAUGAGCGCAUGUAUCGAGAAAAGGGUUCAAAUCAGAGAGAGGUUGCAUAUGAAAUAAAAAAAUGACCGUAGGAUUAAGCACCAAAGUGCUUUAAUAUAGGGCUAAGCACUUUAUCAAAACGGUUUACUUUUAAGUAAUGUACAGCUCGUUAAAAAUACGCGGUAUCAGCAGUUAGCCCAUGGAUGUUGUAGUGGGCACGGAUAAAGAUCAUAAAUAAAAUGAUGAGCGCUCAAGUUGUUUUUACCCUUUUUUUUCCAUUUUAUUUUUUAUUGUAUUUAACUAAAAGCGCUAACUGUAGUUAGAUCAAGAGCUAACUCUGUUCCAUAUAUUUCUUUACUAGGAAAUAUGCAGAUGCUAAAAAGAACUGUGUAAAUAUUGCUCGACAAGCCUGCGAUGGCAUCUGCAUGUAUAUUCCUAAAGAUGAGUAUAAUCCUUUUUGCGGUAAUCACAUGGAUCCCCCUGGAACGUCGGACUUGUUUGGUAAGAGAAUAUGGCCUAGGCCAAACGUCGAACUUUUCAUAAGACGAACCAAACUCUGAUUUGGGUCGACCUAAAUUUAGUCAAGAUCGUCAGUUGGUUAAGACGUCGAACUUAGGACGCGUAGGCCAAUCAACUGAAUCAGACCAAAAAGCGAUUUAAUUUGAUAAAUUUUCUUCCGAAUGGGGCUAAAUUUAUAUUAUCAUACACAUUUUUAAUUCAUUAGUUUGAUUCUUCGCAUGUGAAGAUCGACGUUUCUCCGGGAGACGAUCUUCAAACGUUCUCUCCUUCUGAGGCAGACGGAUAGAACGUAUUGGACGAUCAAAUGUAUUCAGACGUCGAAAUUUUCAUAAACUUAACUCAACAAGUUUGAUUCGUCUCAAAAAAAAGUUCGACAUCUGGCUUGGGCCUAACCAACAUACCGUGCCAAGGGCUUGUGACAGAACAAGAAAGCGGCAGACCCAUGUUCGAUUCCCGGCUGAACUAAAAACAACUGAGGAAACAAUAUAAUACUUCCUUUAAAUUGACCUAAGCCGGAAAGUGCCCACCUCUAGUUUCUAUCUUUCUGAUGGUUUGUGAAAUGGGAGAAAGGGGGAGGGGAGGGUUUCUCGGAUAGGGUUUAAGAGUUGAAUUUGAGCUUAUCCCAGUAGGGAAGCUUUGUACACCCAGUAAAACUAUAAACACCACUGACCACCAACAAAAACAUUUUAUACAAACAAAGGAACAAACACAGACAACAACAAAACAGCUAGAUUGUUUGCGUUGCUAAGGUUAUUUCACUAAGUUAUGACAUUGUUGGGUUUAUUUUUCAGACUGCAUUCGAACUCUCGGAUGUUCAGAAAAAGUUGUUUAUGAGGAAGCAAUGAAAUGUGACAAAUUGUCCUCCAAAGACUUCGCAGGCAGCCCUCAAGAUUGCAGGUAACUAUGCGCUCAUUUAGCCGUGAGAGAAGGCUUAAAUGAGCGCACCGUCGGCCUCAGGCUUGUCAGUUGAAGUACUCUUUCGAGUUACUAAAUUCCAGGGAUAAUUAAUAUCUUUAGGGUGUGGGGGAGAGGUAAUUUGCUACAAAAAAGUUCAACAGUUCUUUCUGAACCAAAGUUUGGACCCCCCUCAGUCAAAAAUUCCUGGACGGAAAAUAAAUACCUUUACCUGAAAGAAAAUUCCCGGCCAGGAAAAAAUACAUGUUAACACAGACAAUGAUCUAUUUUCUCCUAUAUCUACAGUACGGAACUCCGGAAAAAUGCGGACUGUUUAAGAAACAACCUGAAUAGCAAAUGCCCUGCCUUGAACCAGAAAGCACAGAUCUUUGACGACUUGGAAAUUUACCUUCGUGGUAUCCUAACUUCACAGCGAUUCUUCUGCAGCAAAGCGGAAGUGAACACAGCAAUGCUUCAUAGAAGUGUACAAGAAAUUGCAAAUUGCCAACCAGCGUUUUUUACAGAAGCUGAAAAGUGCGCUGAGCCUUUCAGGAAGACUUACACAGAGGCAUCCCAAAAGAAGUCUUCUGGGGUUUGCACGUGAGUAUCUUUAAAUAACUUACGUCAGAAUAGAUAACCGACGAAACAUUGUUCCCAACAUUGUUGGAUAUUACAUGUUGCGUCCGUUUGCGUGCUGUGGCUUGUUGUUUGGAGUGGUUAAACUUUUGACCAACAACUCCCAAAAUUUCUUUUGUACCGUGAUCGCAGAAGCGAAGUGCAACAAUGUUGGAUCCGUUUUUCAGUUCUUCCAACAUUGUUGGGACCACGCACGCGCACCGCACAUGGUCUCCAUGCGUCCUUCCCACGAUGCACUGCAGGUCCCAACAUUCGCCAACAAUGUUGGGAGUUGCUGCAUCAGUUUGCACGCCACUCUGUUAACACUGACACAACAACUCCCAACGUCGUUGGCCCAACAAUGUUGGGAGUGGUUGCGUCCGUUUGCGCUUAUUCUAUUGAGUUUUAUACAUUAAGCAUCUGCAUCUACAUCUGCUGAGUUUGGUUCGAGUAUCCAGUCGGAUAUAUUAUAAUCCUUGAUUUAGAUCCCGGCCAAGAGUCCAGUCCUCCUUUUUUAUCUAGUACUUUUGUAAAGCGACCCGCCUUACUGACUCUGGCUAUUGCGCUCUGGCGGCUCACCUACCUCGUUCCCAGGGUCCUUCUUACUCGUCUCCCGCAACAACAGAAAGGAAGAGGCGGGAAGUAGGGGGGAGCCCUGGUAAAAAUGUUAGAGUAUCAGGUGCUCUUUGCUAGCCCACACACUUUGGGAACGUACCUCAUGAUCACCAGUGUUACCCUCAUAUAAUAACAUCGUAUCCAACUAGUAAAGACAGUAGUUUAAUUGGAUACGAUGUUAUUAUAUGAGGGUAACACUGGUGAUCAUGAGGUACGUUCCCAAAGUGUGUGGGCUAGCCCACACACUUUGCGAACGGACCUCAUGAUCACCAGUGUUACCCUCAUAUAAUAACAUCGUAUCCAACUAAACUACUGUCUUUACUAGUGUUAGUACGACAUGAAAAAAAAAUGGAUUAUUACCCCUAAGGGGUUAUUAUCGGCAAGAAGAUUCCAAAUGUCUCGAAGGACUGGCUUCCCUUACUUAUUUUUUAUUAAUAUAAUUGACCUCAUAAAUUAAGUCAAUACAAAAAUAUACAUUAAUAAGUUAAAAUAAAUAAUGAUAAAUUACAGAUUAAAAGGAUAUACUGAUUGAAAAAAGUGUUGAUUUUCGUUUUCAGGGCCUUUGCAGAAGCCAAAAAGUGCCUGAAUAAAGCACACAAAGAUAGCUGUUCUUUUGACGAGGAAACCCUGAAAGCAGCCACGUUUGACGACGAAAAUCCCUUUUGUGAAGACGGGAAAGAUCCAAAACAGAAGAGCGGAGCCGGUGGCGCAGGCGCAAUAGCAGCAGCAGUAUACUUGUUUUCCUUAUACAGCUUCGUAUCACAUUUGUCUUCCACCACUUCAUGAAUCAUAAGUGUAUUUUUUAAAUAUCCUUUCGCACGAGUCUUGCCUUCCUGUGUUAGCACACAACAUGUUUAGCCGAUAAUCAACAUAUACGCGAUCAAAUGAAAACCUAGCAUGUGCCAGGCUCUCAGUCAGUGUAGAUGAGCGAAGAAAGCGAAUGAGAAGCGAAAGAAAAGGUGUCACUCUCUCUCCCCAGGGCUCACGCAGUUUUUCGCACUUUUUUCGAUCAGUUUUCCGCAUUAUCUUGGAGCCUGGAACAUGCUAAUGAAAACCGCUCUUUGGGCAAGCAAAUGACAUUUUUCUGGAUUGCAGCAUGGCAGAUUCAACAUUCGGAAAACAACAUUGGAAAUGCACUUUCAGGGUAGGUGGGCCCAAAGGCCCGACGGACACACCUAAUAUGCUUGACGUUUUACAGUAUCCACAGGGCUCCCAGUCCUUUCCUGAAAGAAGUCUUUUAACUUGAGAAUCGAGACAAAUUUUGAAUGUAUUCGCUGGUAUGCAGUUUACUUAGCCAUGGCGAGGCGGG